UUUAGUUGUCUAGUCGAGGGAAACCAAAUCAGACGAGAAUGCGCGCUUCCACACUGUUUUUCGGCCUUCUACUGGUAGCCAGCUGCUCCUCGAUUCUGGCCAGGCCACAGGAGAGCAAUACUCCGAGCACCACCACCACCACGACUCCGAAGCCGGAGGAGUCGUCUACAACCACUACGACAUCGACUACGACGACCACGACAACGGAAAAGCCAAAAUCAGAGUCCACAACUGCCAGUACUACCACCACAAGUACCACCCCCAGCACCACCCCAAGCACCACUUCAAGCACCACUACAACCACUACCACGACCACCACCCCGAAACCCGAUGAUGAUGAGGCCGCCAAGCUGCUGCAACAAUGUGCCGAGCUGAGCCGCCGGAAGAAGCGAGGUGGAUCUUCCUCGUCCGAAGAGGACGACAGUGGCGAGAAGAAGUCGGCGAAGAAAGAGCGCAAGCAGUUGAAGAAGCUGUGCAAGCAGUUGAAGAAGCAGGAGGAGCGCAAGCAGGAGAAGGACCAGAAAUCGGCGUUAUCCGAACUGGCUGAAGCCCUGAAAAUCUACAACCAAAAACAGAAGAACUAAUGUGGUGCCAGUAAAUAUUUUUUUAAACAUUUUUUUUCUUUGUUUUUAGUGUACUUUAUAUUAUUUAUCAAAAUGUAUGCCAAUAAAAUGGAUCUUUUAAAAUAA